UGUGUGUAUGUGUGUGUGUGUGUGUGUGUGUGUGUGUGUGUGUGUGUGUGUGUGUGUGUGUGUGUGUGUGUGUGUAUGUGUGUGUGUGUGUAGGUGUACGUGUACGCGCGCGCGUACACGUAAACGCGCGCCCAAGGGGUAAAUAAACGAGCUCCGCACUAAGGGGUUAAGGAGGGCUCGAAUAAAACCGAGCGAAAGAGUUGGAGAGCAGCAGCCAGCUACCCGGUCCCUGGUCCACGAGCAGAGCGGUUCAAUGAAGAUCAAAGAGGCAGAGCGGAGACAGCAGAGACACCCAACUGAUUAACAGCAGGGGUCCCGUCACGGCGACCGGAGACACCCGACUGAUAAACAGCAGGGGUCCCGUCACGCGACCGGAGACACCGGAGUGAUUAACCGUCGGGGUCCCGACACGGCGACCGGAGAGCCGAGCCAGAGCAGAAAGGAGCCCGACGCGACCGGAGGACCGGAUAGACCGGAGGACCGGACCGAUGGUCCGCACUGCGCUGCUCUCGGAGAAAACUCUUCAGGUGGAUUAGCCGAGGACGUUCUGUUUGAAAGCGAGCGAAAUGGAACCCUCCUCUUCCUGCUGAGACGACGGGAACGUCGGUAGAAGAAGAGCGGAUUUAAAGCCCCGGUCAACAGGAGGCGCAUCAAGUAACCCUUCUUAAGGAACCCGUUUCUCGCCGCGAUGCCCGAAGCGACCGCCAAGAGCGCCGCGAUGACGGCACCGCCGUCCCCCGAGCGCGUCCCGCCGGCGGACAAACCCAACAACAACAACGAGGAGGAGGAUCUCUGCGCCCCGGCUCCCGCCCCCGCCCACGUCAGCAUCCCAUUGGUCAACGAGCACCAGCUGACGGCGGCCACGGGUGGGGCGGAGCUGUCGUGCUACCGCUGCACCGUGCCGUUCGGCGUGGUGGUGCUGAUCGCCGGCGUGGUGGUCACCGCCGUGGCCUACAGCUUCAACUCGCACGGCUCCACCAUCUCCUACUUCGGUCUGGUGCUGCUGUCCGCCGGCCUGCUGCUGCUGGCCGCCAGCGUGGCCUGCUGGAGGGUCAGGGUGGGCCGCCGGAAGGAGCGGCGGCGGGAGAGCCAGACCACCCUGGUGGCCCCCCGCAAGAGCAUCUUCGGCGAGAGGCUGCCCCCCGGCCAGCAGAGGUGAUCGCCUGGGGGAGAGGAAACGAGACAGAACUGAGUUUGACUCAAAUUGUUUUUGAGUCACGUAUUUACAGGAGGGCGGACUGCUAAGGCCCAGGGAGGGGAGCCUUUAAGACCCCGGCCUCCAGGCCAGACUUUGAGCGGCUCAGAGGAGAGCUAGGCGGAACGAUGGGGAAGUGUUGUACGCAGAACGCAAGGCCCUUCCAUUUGUCAAACAGACACAAUACAUCUGGCCCGCAGGGCGGGGAACCCAUUCAGCCCCAGCCAGACCUCGAUGAAGAUGAAUUAUCCCUGUGUAGUGCCACGGAGAGGAAGUCAGCCAUUCCUCCAGUGAUACAUCUGUUGGCUUCACUGGGGAAAGAAGGGGGGGAGGGAAGAGAAGGAAAAAAUGAAGAAAUCCAGGAGGGUGAAUCAUCUAGCAUGUGUCCAGUUGGACGUUUCCUAAUCCUGCUGGAGCUCUGGAAGGGAAGACAUUGUUAACACAGCCUUAUGCCCUGGGAUGGUACUUAUAUAAGCAUUUAGUUAUUAACCAGUGUUAAGAGCCAUUGAAAGUUUCCUUUGUGAAGGGGGAUUGAUGAGGCCCGUAUGAACGACAAGUAAGGAGAGAAGGCGAAUGCGUCAAACAGCCUUGAAUGUGUAUAUUCAUUACCUAAGCACUUUACUCAAAAUUAUCCAAGCUACUAUCCAAACUAUUCUUUGUAAUGACAAAGCGUGCCGGCAUCUGGUGUAUUGUCUGUACCUCCUGUCGGCGUACGCAGCAUAUCAACGUGUACUGUGAUCACUCUGCACUGCAGAAUAUUGUGCAUGGCUCGCCUCUGAGCGGCGGAGGCAUGAAUUGUUAAUAGACGUUCAAAAGGUUAAAUAAAGCGUUCAUUAGACAUUCAUUCAUUUUUAAUUAUUUCAUUAGGCUGAGUCGGGUCUGUUCUAAGAGCGCAGGAAGCUGUCAUUAAGUUCCGAGGGACUGGGGUCAUUCUAGAGCCGAAUCUGAACCUCGUUACCUCUUCUGCCUUGAAGUUCAACCAUCUCUUUUCUACAUUUCACUUCGUAGUCAUAAUGAUAAUCAACAGAGAAAUUCGAUCAUUUGAAGUAGAGUAAAUCAUUGCACAACAUGCCGUCACACAAGGUAUCCGUCUAUUUGCAUAGUCCUGUUUCAGCAGACCGAUACCAGAUGCGGGGUCAGGGGUCAAACAAACCAAUAAAACCAACCAAAAACAUC